GUCUGGUCCAAACCGGAGCUGUCACAGGGUGUAUGAAAUAUAACCUCCACUUAUUUUGGAUUAAAAUCAACUAGUUUAGUGGAGUUUGUUUUGGAUUUAUUGGCAGAGAACUUUCCUACCACCCCCUAAAACCCUCCACCGCUACAUCUUGCCUUUUGAUUGACCACUCCAUAUUUUUUUUUCCUGCGUGCUGAAUAUUCCUCCUGCUGGAGAAAGGAGAAAAAACAACACAGGGGGGAAACUGAGGAAGAAGACACACAGCGGAAAAAUAAAGGAGGUGGAGUAAAAAAAAAACGAAAAAAAGAAAGUGAAAUAACAGGAGAUUAGCGGGAAGACUGGAGGAGCAGGUUGGAAAGAAAGCGAGAAGACACUGCGCAAGUGGAGAGCGAGACUUGCCUUUAUAAGCCUGUCAUUUCAUUCUUAUAGAAGUCGGUGCUUUUGUGUGAAGAUUUUUUUUUUUCGUUCCUCAUCUGCUGAUUAAAAAGGAGGCGACACCAUGACAACAGAGAUGCAGGAGAUCGCCAUCACGGAGGAGAAGCCUUUACUCACGGGUCAGGCUGAUGCCAAGGAUGCUGAGCUGGCUGCGAGGAUACUCCUGGACCAAGGACAGGAGCACAGUAUUGAGACCCCACAUGGUGUUCUGCACGUGACCCUCCACGGCACACGAACCACCCGCAGGCCUGCCAUCCUCACCUUCCACGAUGUGGGUCUGGACAAUAAGAGCUGCUUCUCCCCUCUUUUCAAGUUUGAUGAGAUGCAGGAGAUUGUCAAGAACUUUACCCUGAUUCACGUCGACGCUCCGGGGCAGGAGGAGGGGGCUGCUCCCUAUCCCACAGGUUACCAGUAUCCCUCCAUGGACACCGUAGCAGAGAUGAUUCCCUCCGUCCUGCAGUUUUUCAACUUCCGCACUGUAAUCGGAGUGGGUGUGGGAGUGGGAGCGUACGUCCUCUCCAAGUUCACACUUGCGAACCCAGAUUCAGUUGAAGGUCUGGUUCUGAUCAACAUCGACACUAACGCCCGAGGAUGGAUAGACUGGGCUGCUCAGAAGCUCAGCUCCGUGACGUCCUCCUUCACAGAGCAGAUCCUGUGCCACCUUUUCAGUCAGGAGGAGCUGUCAUCAAACACAGAGCUAGUGCAGUCCCACAGAGAGCGCAUCUCCAAAGCUUCUAAUCUGGUCAACAUAGAGCUCUUAUGGAAGACUUACAACAGUCGCAGAGACUUGAGCAUCGACCGCAACAACACCUUUAAGUGUCCAGUAAUGUUGGUGGUGGGUGAUCAGGCUCCGUAUGAGGACGCUGCUGUGGAGUGCAAUAGCAAAAUGGACCCAACAACAACCUCAUUCCUAAAGAUGGCUGAUGCUGGUGGUCUCCCUCAGCUGACCCAGCCUGGGAAACUGACUGAGGCUUUCAAGUACUUCAUCCAGGGAAUGGGCUACAUGGCUUCAUCAUGCAUGACCCGUCUGUCCCGCUCACGCACCACCUCCCUCUCCUCCUCCUACUCCAUGGAUGGGUCCCGCUCUCGCUCCCGCACCUUGUCCCAGGGCUCGCAGGGCGGCCAGAUGCCGCCCAGCCCCUCCCAAACGAUGGAGGUGUCUUGCUGAAGGGAGAAAACAAAAAAAUGAUAGGGAGAGAGAGAGAGAGCGAGAAAGAGAAGAGGGCGAAGGCGAAAGGAAGGGAAAGAUGAAGCAUGACGAUAAUGUAGGAACAAGACGAAUGGGUUACUUAUUUGUCACUAAACAACUCCCAUCAUUCCCCACAAGAGCAGAA